AUGGAUGAGGAUGUCCACCAGGUCACACUUGCUCUUCAAGGCACUCUUCAGCAGGACCUUAAUGUCAGAAAACAGGCUGAGCAUCGGUUCGCAUCUUUGUUGCUACAACUUGUUUGUACUGAUAAAACUGCCCCUGAAAUACGUAUGGCUGCUGCUGUUGCGUUGAAGAAUUUCAUCAGGAAGAACUGGGGAGAAGCGCCUGAAGUGGAUCUCACUGUAGAAGAAGAAGAAGCAAUUCGAAGUUCGGUUCUUCAGGGAAUGUUUCUUACUAGCGGAACUGUGCAAAGCCAGCUUUCUCACGCUGUGCAUCUCAUUGCUAAGCGAGAUUUUCCUACCCGUUGGCCGUCGUUGGUACCGUCACUUGUGGAGCAUCUGAAAGUAGACGAUCUCAACCGACUCGUGGCGGCUUUAUCUGCGAUGGAUCAGCUGUUCAGAAAGUUCCGUUAUGAGAGUAAAUCCACAUCUCUUUGGACCGAGCUUAAAUCAUGUUUGUUGACGGUACAAGAGCCUUUAACACAGAUUUAUAUGAAAAUGGUCGAAUUUAUCCCACAACGGUCAUCAAUGUCGUGUGAAUCUCUCACCCAGUGGCUCGAGAUUUUGUGUCUAGUCUGCAAAGUGUUUCAUUCUUUAUGCUUCCAAGAUCUGCCGGAGUACUUCGAGGAUAAUUUGAAACCUUGGGUAGAGGGAUUUCUGGAGACCAUGAAAAUGGAUUGUCCUGGUGUUUCUUCUGGCGGUGGUGAAGCCACUUUCCUUGAUGAAUUAAAAAUGGAAGUUUGUGAGAUAUUUACUCUAUACGCGCAGCGUUUUGAAGAGGAAAUCAAUCCAUUUAUGGAGGACAUCAUUCAAGCAGUUUGGCAACUUGUAGUGCAAACCGGUAUUGACACGAGAUUCGAUGGCAUGGUCUGCGCUGCUCUAGAAUUUCUAUCAAUUAUCUGUCAGAAAACCCACUAUGAGAGUUACUUUGUUGGAGAGGGCGUUUUGCAAACGAUGGCGCAAGAUGUUUGCGUGAAAAAUCUUCAUUUGAGGCAAGAAGAUCUGGAAAUGUUCGAAGAUGAACCAAUCGAAUACUUGAAAAGAGACAUUGAAGGUUCUGAUGCAUGCACACGUCGUCGCGGAGCUAUUGACCUUGUGCGCGCUUUGUGCAGGAAGUAUGAGGAUCGACUAGUUCCAAUACUCUCUCAGAUAGUGCAAUUGCUCUGCUCUGAUGGAGACUGGAUGAAGUUGGACGUAGUUUAUUGUCUCGUUACUGCUAUUGCUUCGAAAACGGAGACAGCAAAGAGUGGCGUGACUAGUACGAUUGUCGGUGCGAUGGUGUACAUUUUCUUCAUUUUCACAGUUCUUGACUUUCCAUUUUUGGUUUUCCUUAAAAUUUCCCUCCGUAGGUUUGUUGUAACCUUUCGAAACCAACUUCCUGCCGACGUGUUGGUCGAAGUGGUGCAGGCAGUGGAUCGCAUUCUGACAUCUCGGCUUCCAAUCCUGCAGAAGUAUGCUGCAUAUGCUCUCGACAAACUUCUCCUGGUCAAACAACCUAAUAGCACGGUAAGCUUUAGUGCAAGAGUUGUGCCAGUGGGAUCACUUCUGAAUAAUCUCGUCAAAUGUUUCGACAAGGAUCCUAAAGCGCAAAACUCUCCGUACCUCAUUAAAGCUAUUUUGCGAUGUGUGGCUAUACUUGAUGAGGAAACAGCACGAUGUGGUAGUCAGAUAGCGUCAAAAUUGUCGUCAUUGGUGGAAGCGACGAUAAAGAAUCCCGCUGACGCCGUGCAUACUCACUUUCUUUUCGAGACGAUGUGCGUUCUCAUUAAAAAGGUCCUCCCUGAUGGCAGCCUGGACGCUGAACUUAUGCCUUUGCUGGAAACGAUUCUUGGUCAGGACAUAACGGAUCUAGUACCUUACGCCUUGCAGAUCACAGGCGUGCUUCUUUCGUCGUCUCUUAUGCGGAAUCCAAAUGUUGAUCAGAAGUACUUGUCCUUUCUUCCGUACCUACUUUCCAAGGAUCUCUGGGCGCGCUCAGCAAAUAUACCUGCAGCAUUGUCAGUUGUGGAGACAUUUCUGAAGCAUUGUCCGGAACAUGGUGCUUUAAUAAUGCAACACUUCUCUAGGCUGGUUGGAUCGAAAUCUUUAGAUCAAUACGGUUUUCAACUAGCUAAUGCUAUAUUGCCUGUGGUGGAGGUCUGUUUUUUGAAAUCAUUUGUUCUACUCAACAAUAUGUUCCAGCGAGUGCAAUUCAGCAAAACACCAAAGUUUAUGAAACAUUUUGUUGUGUUUGUUUGCCAAUUUGCUGUUGUUCGAGGAGCAGAACAGCUUUUUCAGGCAGUGGAAACGAUUCAGACAGGGAUGUUCCGCAUGCUUCUGGAGAAGGUAGUGGUGCCGGAAUUGACAAACUUGCAAAAUUUAACAACGAUAGCUGAUAAACGUACUAUUGCAAUUGGCAUAGCAAAUAUAUUGGGUGACGCUACAAAUUAUGUCGGUGAUCAGUACGGCGUCUUGGCUGCUGGGGCUACUCAUCUGGUCGAAGCUCCAUCAAUAAGCGAUCGCCAGAUCCUUUCUCCAGAAGAAGAACAGGCAUCCAUGUACAACUCUGAAGGCGAAUUUGUCAAUCCGUAUUGCCGUCUUAGCUACGCCCCACGUCCUGAUCCUUUAGCUCCAGAAAUCAAGGACUAUAAAAGUUAG